AUGAUGAGUGCUCGCUGUAAGAAGUUGUUGGAGUUAGCUAUGAGACAAGAAGAUCCAGAGAAGUGUGAGACGAUCAACUUAACUUUUGGGCCUCACUCACAAGCUGUGGAAAUAACUUCAUCUCCCGAACAUAUAAGAAGAACAUCAGUACGUACGUUUGGGACCCACGCGUUCCUAACUUCACCUGAAGCAGAUAAACGGGUGAUAGCUCAAGUGAGUUUAACACCUGGAUAUCCAGACGUUAAACUGUACUUGACCACACGUCAGGUCGUGUCCUUACGCACGAUUUUAGACUUACAUGCGCGUGUUAUACGUGCGCAUUCGUGGGAUCAAAGUGUUCACGCCUUUAACGCAUGGUUUGCAGAGAGGCGCAUAAAUCUAGACUCAAACGUAAAUGAUCUUCUAGAUAUAAUGAUCAACGAUCUUAGCGAAAUUAGAAAAAUUUAUUCCACUACACAUGCAGUCUCCUCUCAUCUAAUAUGUCUGAUGGUGAAAGGUGUACUCUCGAGAGAGAUGAUCGUGGCUUAUAAUAAAAGACCCAACGGUGAGAGGGCACAUGAUUUCCUAGUGCGAUUCGUAUUUCACGUGUCACCCUCCACUAUUACCAUGAAACAUGCAGAUCUCCUGUUCAAGCGUUUCCUAACCGCGACACCGGAAGAAAGGCGGAUGGAAAUAUCAUUCACACUAGAGAACACGAGGCAUAGUUACUCGCUAUGUCCCCCGCAGGAAGUAGGUGAAUUGUCCAAUUAUAUUGAAAAGUUGAGAGAAGAAUCAUAUAAGAAACGGAACAUGACAGAGGAAUCUCAAGAAAGUACUUCAAUAUCAUCCUGUAAUGAAGAUAGACCGACAGACUUAACUAGUCAAAAAAGCUCGUUAAGGCUCCCAGAGCUACCCUCAUUUAUGCGUAAUUCUGGAAGCAGACGUGGUAGUAGCGCGCUGAGUCUUGCUGAGGCGGACUGA